CUUAUGCAUCUCUAGGCUGCAGAGAAGCGUUAUGAGUUCAAGGAAACACUAACACUUAGCUUUUCAUUUUCUCUACACAUUGGACAUUCUUUAUUUAGACAUGAAGACUGCUAAGCUCUAGAAUAUUCAGUCAUUAUCAUCGUAUUCUUCUUUCCAUAUCUGGCACAUUUUAUUGAAUUGAUAAUGGGAGCGCGCGUAUUCGGCCCAUUUGGCAAUUUUUACGCAUGCUUCUGCCUAUUUGCCGUGCUCCUGCAAUUUGCCAACUCCCAGAGGAACCCUGGAGCGCAACCAAGAAAUGACAGACGAGGGGCUUUUCGGCCGACGCUGCAGUGGUCUCACAACGGUAAGGUUUUCAGUCUUCUGAGCCAGGGCUCGGAGUACGUGCCGCCGAAGCGCAGGGGCGCAACGGAGGAGCAGGCGCAGGCGCGACCUGUCACCAUCAUCCAGGAUGCGGCCGUGAGACAUCAGGACGCCCGGAGUCAACAGCAGCAGGAGCCUCCCCGCAGCCUCCACGCGCUUGUGAGAGGGCGAGAGCACCGGCAGCAUCUUCACCGGGAACGACCCGCGGAGCGCGCCGGGACGCACGAGAACCGCACGGCGAACGACACUCAGGAAAAUGUCAAUCUCAGCCCGCCUCCACCCGGAGUUAAGGACAUGAUGGUCGGUGAUGACCCGUACGAUCCAUACAAAUCCAUCGACUCUGACAACCCCUAUUACAAUCAUUAUGAUGUCUACGAGAGACCAAGACCGAGGUCAAGACCCGGAUAUGGCACCAGGUAUCAUCAGUACGGUCUCCCUGAUCUUGUACCAGAUCCAUACUACAUUCAAGCCUCUGCUUAUGUCCAAAUGGCACCAAUGUACAACCUGAGAUGUGCAGCUGAGGAAAACUGUUUGUCAAGCUCAUCCUACAGAGCAAGAGACUAUGACACCCGAGUGCUGCUGAGGUUUCCUCAGAAAGUCAAGAACCAGGGCACCGCCGACUUCCUCCCCAACAGGCCACGCUACUCCUGGGAGUGGCACAGCUGCCACCAGCACUUCCACAGCAUGGACGAGUUCAGCCACUACGAACUGCUGGAUGCCACCACUCAGCACUCGGUGGCAGAGGGCCACAAGGCUAGCUUCUGCUUGGAAGACACCUCCUGCGACUAUGGAUACUACAGGAGAUAUGCCUGCACGUCACACACCCAGGGUCUGAGCCCAGGAUGUUAUGACACCUACAAUGCAGACAUCGACUGUCAGUGGAUCGACAUCACAGAUGUGAAGCCUGGACAGUACACACUCAAGAUCAGUGUAAAUCCUUACUAUCAGGUCGAAGAAUUGGACUAUUCCAACAACAUUGUGCGUUGUGAUGUACGUUACACCGGCAACUAUGCCUACGUGUCUGGCUGUCACAUGUCGGCAUAUUAAGACAGCAGCGAUCCACUGAUUUUCAGCAAGUUUCCCCUCCCCCCCGUGAAUGACUUUGACGAGGGGGCGUGCGAAAGACAAAAGGACAAUAAAAAAUAUUAUGUGGCAUACAGUCACAGUAGAGUUAAAAAUUUUGAAAAACAUAAAAAUUACUAUCAGAUAUUAUAGCACCAGAUUACAUUUAACCCCUGUUGCUUUACAAGAAACAGUGCUGUUUUCCUUUUUUUUCCAUUUCUCAUAUGUUGUAUGCCUGUACUGUAAGACACUUAAAACAAUAUAUAUAAUAAAUUUAAGAGCUUAGAGAAGUGGGGGAAAAACACCUAACCUUCAAUGCUUGGUCAGAAUAUCACAUCUCAAAAUAAAAUGAAAUGAAAUAAAAUGAAAGUGCAUUUAUUAUAUUUAUAUAAUGCCGCAGAUAACGCUCUUUAUUCUAAAGCUUUUCGUAAAUAAAUUUGGGGAAUACUGUGUCAUGGUA